UCUACAAGUGACGACAUAUCACUUGUGUUGUUCUUCGUGCAAACUUUGAAAACCACUUCCGUUAGCUACGAGUACCUAUAUUAGCACUUUUAUUUCACAUUUUCGCUCUUUUUCAAUCGCGAUUCCGCAUCGAAGUGGCGUGUAGCAGUUUCGAGUUUUUCGACUUUUACAUACCCAGUACCUAGUUCUCUUUUCGCAUCUCCACGUGUACCUACAUUUUUCUUCACCUGUUAGUUCGCAUCUUGUUGAUCAGCGGCGAGUGCCCAGUACCUCCUAACAAAACCAUCGACAAAAUUGAAACGUAGCUUAUCGCCUGCUACUAUACUCACCAGUGUACGAGUACGUCUAUCGUAGUCGUCUACCUAAUUUCUACCAGAACCAACCAACACUACAAACAUGUGCGCUUUGAAAACUUGCAGUCAUUUUGUAAUUUUUGUCGUAUUUUUUGUCUCUUUAAACGCAGUUUUGGCCAAAAGAGGUUGUGCACAGUUUGGACAUUCGUGCUAUGGUGGACACGGUAAAAGAUCGCAAGGAUUCGAUUCAUUUUCGCCAGACAGAUUCGUUGACGUAGACGUAAGCAAUAGUAGACUUCCUCUGAGAGAGCACGAAACACCAGGUUCCGAACAGUUUACUGAUAUGAGCGCGUACAACAGCGUAGGCAAACCAGUUGAUCGAUUCGCUACAAUCUUACAAAAAUUGGCCAAGACUUGGGAAGAACAGGAGCAAUUACAACAUCGCAACUAUCAACGCGUCUAUUAACAAUCGAUUAUCUACAUACUAUGUAUUUUCUUACGAUUAAUUAUUUUAUCAAUUUUUUCUUUAUCCUCCUCUUUGUUUCAACUUCUGUAAUUAUGUACUACCCGCCUAAUUUAGUCUGUUCGACUAUAAGUGUUUUAGGUACGUACCUAUUUACGAGUACCUUGCCGCAAGUUUGCAAAUUCUAAGUUAUAUACCUACUACUUAUUACUUACCAUACUUAUUUACGUAAUUAUCUAUACUUAUACGAGUACCAAUACCAAUACGAUUAAAAUGGUUUAUUUUUAUACCCAUUUGUAGUGCAGUUUGUAUCAUAAUUAAAACCAUGUAUUCCUAGUAAGAGUAUUUGAGAAAAA